GGUUGGAAACGUAGAGCGACAACACAAAUAGAGAAAGACAGACAGACCGACAGACAGAGACAGACACACAGGCAAACAGAAGAUGGGUGAAUCAAAGGCCACAUGCUAAAAGUCCCCAGUGUGCAGCCAAGUGUCAGAGACUCAGGUGUGAUAUCCUGAGGAGCAGCGCGUAACACCUUGAGGUGUCACACACACACGACUUUCUGGUGUUUUACGGAAAAGACUGUCCAACUGCGCUGGACGGAACAGGACAGGUCAGGUUACAAGAAAGGAUUCUCUCAUUCUUUGCCUAUCACCUGCCCUGAAACUCACACCUUCAAAGUCGCUGUGACAAUGGAGUUCCCCUUCUCUCUGGUAGAGCCGGGCGAUGACAUGGAGUCCAUGGACGAGCACUGCCUGAGGGGUGCGGGCUUUCGGCGUAAGCGCGAGUUCACCCCGGAGGAGCGGAAGGACGCCAGCUACUGGGAGAAGCGUCGCAAGAACAACGAGGCGGCCAAGCGAUCGCGGGAGAAGCGGCGUGCCAACGACUACCUGCUGGAGCAGCGCCUAAUGGCACUGAGCAAAGAGAAUGUCCGGCUGCAGGACGAGCUGGUGGACCUCAAGCUCCGCUGUGGCCUCGCGGGGCCCCUGGGCUUCAACCCCGCUGCCGCUGUGGCCGCAGCGGCCUUCUCCGCCCAGCACAGGGGGCUCCGGCAGCUGCACACUUCCUGCGGCCUCCAGCCUGCUCCUCCACCACCUCUCCCUCCUCCUCCUCUCUCUCCACGCCCACCUCCUCCUCCACUCCUCUUGGCCGACAAGGAGCUGGUCUGGGGCCGAGCGGAGGGGCCUCAAGUGGCUCAGGUCCUCCCAGCCUCCUACCACCACCAGCGAGCCUCCAGCAUCUCGCCGUACCCCGGGCCCUCCGCAUUCACCUCGCCGCGAGCGCACACCUUCAGUCGGGCUUUCCCUUUCCUUCUGGACAUGCCGGGCGUUCUCUCAUCCCCGGUUGGACCAGCAUCGCUGCUCCUGCCCCCCCUACUGGUGCCCUCUCCCGGGGGCCCCAGGUAUGGACCUCGGCUGCCGGUGCGGCCCAUUCCCCAGCAGGCGGCCCUGGCCUCGGACGAGGAGGGGGAGCAGCAGGUCCCGGGGGCCUCCACGGGGUUGGAUCCUCGUGCCGCACUGCCACACAAACUCAGACUGAAGACGCACAAGAGCCACAGAGACAAGGGUAGCACCACCACAGGAACCCCGUCUCCACCUCUGUACGUGUCCGACUGAAUCCAGGCCCACACACACAUACACACGCACACACACACACACACACACAGCACACACACACCACACAC